AUGGCCGCCGAGACUGCCAGUUACUACGUGUACGAUCCAUCAAAAGGAGCAGCGAUUGCUUUCGCCAUAUUCUACACAUGCACUUUCAUUUAUACACUAUUUCAAUACAUAUUGCUCAAAAGUUGGUUUUGGAUAUUCACGGUUUUGGCAGCAGCCAUGGAAUCCGUGGGAUAUAUAGGUCGAGUUGUCUCUACAUACAACACCGAUAAUAGAAAUGCCUAUAUCAUCCAAUUUGUCCUCUUUUUUCUCGCGCCUGCUCUUAUGGCUGCAUCUUGCUACAUGGCAAUGGGCCGAGUGAUCGUCCAUGCAACCCCCUCCUCCUCCCGCAACAUCAAGACACUCUGGGUACUACCCCGCUGGAUGACACCCAUCUUCGUAACGUGCGAUGUCAUCGCCUUUCUGAUCCAAGUUUUCGGCGCCACCUCGGCCACCUCUAAAGAUCCCAAAACCGUCAAUCGCGGCUACAGUGUCAUGAAAGUCGGCUUGGCUAUCCAACUCGCUUGUUUUGGGUUCUUUUUGGUCGUUUCUCUAAGAUUCCAUAUCGUUUCCAAAAGAUUCCAGAGUUCGUGGCCUGAUACUCAAUGGAGGAAAUUGCUGAUGGCGAUCAACGUUGCGAGCGUUUUAAUUUUUGCUCGUUCAAUAUACCGAAUGGUCGAGUUCACAACCGACUUCGACGGUUAUCUCUCGACUCAUGAAUGGAAUUUCUAUGUCUUUGAAGCUGUAUCGAUGCUUCCGGUGCUGAUCCUUUUCAAUGUACAUCAUCCCGCGAAGUUUUUAACGAAUGUUGGAUGGAGGCAACAAAGAGAGAAGUCGCACCUUCCUCUUGGAGGAUCUAGCUUGCAGGAUCUAAACGCACGUUCCAUGAGCAUGAGAUAG